AUGCUUGCAGAUUCAUCUGCAAGUCUGCGCUUCUUACUAGAUAUCACUAGGCUAGAUGAGUUGAAAUCUGGUCCAUGUAUUGUUGUCAAUGCAAUGAUUGAUUACAUGAAAGAAAUGGACAAGCUAGGAAUGGUUAUAUUUAAGAUGUUGGCACAUGGAUUAGGCCUUGAAGAUGACUUUUUCUUUAGAAAAAAAUUUGAAGAAAAAGAAGCAACUUAUUUUAGGGUUAGUAGAUAUCCUCCUUGUCCUCUCCCAGAGAAGAAUGUUGGUAUAGGGAUCCAUUCAGACCCACAAACUUUAACUAUAUUGCAUCAAGAUCAAGUUGGUGGCCUUCAAGUCCUCAAAGAUGAUAAGCAAUGGAUUGGAGUUAGACCUCUUCCAAAUUCAUUUGUCAUCAAUAUUGGUGACACCCUUGAGGCUUGGACAAAUGGAAGGUUAAAGAGUGUUAUACAUAGGGCAGUGGUGAAUAAGGAGAAGCAAAGGCUAUCAAUAGCAUAUUUUAUGAGUCCAACAAGUAAUGCAAUUAUUGAAUGCCCUCCUCAAUUAAUUCAUCCAAUUUAUAAUCCAAGAAAAUAUGUACCUUUUACAUGGGCUCAAUUGAGGCACCUUCUAUUGACUACCAAGAGGGUUAGGGGCAAAGCUGUUGCCCUCAAUAAAUUUUUUAUUUCUAAUUGA